AUGGCCAACGCUCCCCACGGUGGUGUCCUCAAGGACCUGAUUGCCCGCGAUGCUCCUCGCCAGGACCAGCUCAUCGCUGAGGCUGAGACUCUCCCCGCUAUUGUGCUCUCUGAGCGCCAGCUGUGUGAUCUCGAGUUGAUCAUGAACGGUGGUUUCUCUCCUCUGGAGGGUUUCAUGAACCAGGCCGAUUACAACGGUGUCUGCGAGGACUGCCGCCUUGCUGAUGGCAACGUCUUCUCUAUGCCCAUUACCCUCGACGUCAACAAGCAGACCAUCGACGAGAACAAGCUGAAGGCCGGUUCCCGCAUUACCCUGCGCGAUUUCCGUGACGAGCGCAACCUCGCCAUCCUGACCAUUGACGAUAUCUACCGCCCCGACAAGACCAAGGAGGGCAAGCUCGUCUUCGGUGGUGACCCUGAGCACCCCGCCAUCAAGUACCUGAACGAGACCGCUCAGGAGUUCUACAUUGGUGGUAAGAUUGACGCUGUCAACAAGCUUAACCACUACGACUAUGUCGCUCUGCGCUACACUCCCGCCGAACUCCGUGUUCACUUCGACAAGCUGGGCUGGUCCCGCGUUGUCGCUUUCCAGACCCGUAACCCCAUGCACCGUGCUCACCGUGAGCUGACCGUUCGCGCUGCUCGCUCCCGCCAGGCCAAUGUCCUGAUUCACCCCGUUGUCGGUCUCACCAAGCCCGGUGACAUUGACCACUUCACCCGCGUCCGCGCCUACCAGGCUCUUCUGCCCAGCUACCCCAACGGCAUGGCCGUCCUGGGUCUGCUCGGUCUUGCCAUGCGUAUGGGUGGUCCCCGUGAGGCCAUCUGGCACGCCAUUAUCCGUAAGAACCACGGUGCUACCCACUUCAUUGUUGGUCGUGACCACGCUGGUCCCGGUAGCAACUCCAAGGGUGAGGACUUCUACGGUCCUUAUGAUGCCCAGCACGCCGUCGAGAAGUACAAGGAUGAGCUCGGUAUCGAGGUCGUUGAGUUCCAGAUGGUCACCUACCUGCCCGACUCCGACGAGUACCGCCCCGUCGACCAGGUCCCCCAGGGUGUCAAGACCCUCAACAUCUCCGGCACUGAGCUGCGCCGCCGUCUGCGCUCCGGCGCCCACAUCCCCGAGUGGUUCUCCUACCCCGAGGUUGUCAAGAUUCUGCGCGAGUCUAACCCUCCCCGCGCUACCCAGGGUUUCACUGUCUUCCUGACCGGUUACAUGAACUCCGGCAAGGACGCCAUUGCCCGUGCUCUCCAGGUGACUCUCAACCAGCAGGGUGGCCGCUCCGUCUCCCUCCUGCUCGGUGACACUGUCCGUCACGAGCUCUCCUCCGAGCUGGGCUUCACCGCCGAGGACCGCCACACCAACAUCCAGCGCAUUUCUUUCGUCGCCUCUGAGCUGACCCGCGCCGGUGCCGCCGUCAUCGCCGCCCCCAUCGCUCCUUACGAGCGCUCCCGCAAGUACGCCAAGGACGCUGUCUCCCAGGCCGGUCAGUUCUUCCUUGUCCACGUUGACACUCCCCUCGAGUACUGCGAGAAGACCGACAAGCGCGGUAUCUACGAGCGUGCCCGCCGUGGUGAGAUCAAGGGCUUCACUGGUGUCGAUGACCCCUAUGAGGCUCCCACCAACGCCAACCUCACUGUCGAUGCCUCCAAGCAGAGUGUCCGCAGCAUCGUGCACGAGAUCAUCCUCAUGCUCGAGACUGAGGGCUACUUCGAGCGCAACUAG